GCCUAUCCAGCCUGGAGGCAAGGCUGAGCUGGAGACGAAGGGAGGCAGAGCUGUAAACUGCUGGGCCUUCUACCUGGCCCUGUGCAUCCAGGUACUCUGAGGGCACAGAGCUCAUAAGUGUUAGGUGCGCCUCGUAGGCACUCCAAGUCAGCUUUGCUGCAGGUAGGUUCUCUUUGUGGGACUUGAUUUCCACCUUUGUCAGUAGUCUUCAGGCAACCUCUGUGUCCUAGGCCCCUUCGUUGCCUUCCUGGGACCUUUGAGACCUGGCUGCCCAGGCUGAGGAGCUGAGCUACACAGCCUACUCCAGGUACACCCUCCACACCUCAGCCGGUGCUUUCAAGGUUCCAGAGUGGCUGGGUACAGGCCCAAACUCAAGGAACCCAGGCAGGGACACCAGUUUGGGAGUUGUUCGGCCUCAAGCCUAAGAAGUGGUACAGCCAGCAACCUCAUAAUGCGUCUCAGAGUCUGAGAGGCCUCCUGGAGAGUCUCCUAUGUUGCAAAGUGGUGGCCCUGAGCUGAGGGAUGUGAGGGAUGGCUGGAGAAGGAUGGAAAGGCCCCAAGCUUGCCCACAGGGCAGGUCCUAAGGGAAAAGAGGGGGCACAUGCUCCAUCCAUGGGGAAUGGCAUCAUGUGGAGGGCAUGCUGGGUGGCAGUGCACACUGUUGACCCAGUCUGGAAAGGACAGCAGAGAGCUAGCAUCUCCCCAGUGUUCUUAGCAGGGAGGCGCCACCUACUCUACCUGGGCAUCCUGAUGGAAGCUAGACUGCAGACCUGGUAGGGGGUUGGUGUGGCCCAGCAGGGACCCACAGCAUAGCCUGGAAGCUCAGACUUCCUGGAGGCACACAGCUUUCCUGAAAUAGUAGGCUGAGCAGCUCAGUGGCCAGAUAAAAGACUGGUAGCCAGUGGGUGGAGGGUGGGGCCUGCCAGAGACCCAGAGAAAGAGUCUGUAUUUAGGCUUAAGAGUCUCUGUGUAGGACACUCGAGUUCUGAGGCUCUAGGAAGUAGCAUGUAACACCCUCACACUGCCACAGUCUCAGGUGGCCUAUGCUGCAUAAGCCUUGGUUAUUCUUAGUGCCUGGAGCCCACCCUUCCUGCCAGGGCGGCCGCCUCCAAUUCCAGUCCAGCCCACUCUACUCCUAUCACAAGGAGCUAGGAAGGGAACACAUAGUCUCUUAUCCCUGGGCUCAGAGGAAGGUUGUGGUAGAGCCAAGAGGCCACCCUGCCAAUGUCAAGGGCUAUUCAGGCCAGAAUGGGAGUCAGUCUGGGGUGGCCUCAGAAACAAAGCUGAGAGAAGAGACAGGUUCUCUAGGGGCCUAGCUUUAGCUUUGGAAGGAAGCCCGGGGGCCCAGGGGUUGGGUGGGAAAGGGCUUUCAAAUAAGCUGUCCACCCCCACAGCCUUUAGCAUGCCCACCCACAGGCCUCAAAGGGUGUGCUCUGUUGAGCUGGGGGAAGCCAGCUCAGUGUUUACAGAGUGAGGGUGUGUGUGUGUGUGUGUGUGUGUGUGUGUGUGUGUGUGUGUGUGAGUGUGUGUGUGCAUGCGCGCGCAUUCGAGCACUUGUGAGCUGCAGCAGCGAGGGCGGGUACUGGGAGAGCCCAGCCUUCUCCCUAGCUCCUAUUUAAGCAUCAGGCGAAGACCGUGGGUCCCAGGAACGGUGAGGAGGCACUUGGGGCAGGUGGUAGCAGCUGUGCCUGGCACCUUGGCGUCCUGCCUGGGCUCCACGUGGCCUAACACCCACACAGCUCCUGAUUGCUGCGACUGGAGGGAACCUGUGAUCCUGCGUGAGUGUGGGUCCUUGGACAUACAGGGACUUAAAUCAACCGAGGGCAUUCCCAGGGCCCCGUCUUCUGACGAGGAGUGUUUCUUUGACCUGCUGAGUAAGUUCCAGAGCAGUCGUAUGGAUGACCAGCGCUGUCCCCUGGAGGAAGGCCAGGCGGGGGCUGCCGAGGCCACAGCUGCCCCAACCGUGGAGGAUAGAGCAGCUCAGCCCUCCGUGACACCUUCACCACAGACUGAGGAGUUCUUUGACCUCAUUGCCAGCUCCCAGAGCCGCCGGCUGGAUGACCAGAGGGCUAGCGUAGGCAGCCUGCCUGGGCUACGCAUCACCCUCAACAAUGUGGGGCACCUCCGAGGCGACGGGGACGCCCAGGAGCCGGGGGAUGAGUUUUUCAACAUGCUUAUCAAAUAUCAGUCCUCCAGGAUUGAUGACCAGCGCUGCCCACCCCCUGAUGUGCUGCCCCGUGGCCCCACCAUGCCCGACGAGGAUUUCUUCAGCCUUAUCCAGAGGGUGCAGGCCAAGCGGAUGGAUGAGCAGCGUGUGGACCUUGCUGGGAGUCCAGAGCAAGAGGCCAGUGGGCUGCCUGAUCCCCGCCAGCAGUGUCCGCCAGGUGCCAGCUAAAGACUCUCCUGUACAGCCAGCCAUACCCUACUCUGGACUCUGUGGGCUCGCAGUUGUCCACGGUGGCCACGACCCCCCAAUAAGCCAAACCUUCCCAAGGCCAUGACGGCCCCUUCCCACUGAGCCAGACGGUGGGCACACAGCCCUCAAGGCCCCCCAUCCCAGGUGGUGGGUGCAGGCUAGAGCUGCUAUACGGGGGAGGGCAUGCUUCUGUCCCCAUGGAUCUCCACAGCUUCCUGCAGCCCUGCCCUGCCCUGCCCUAGGCCGGGCCUUCAGCAUGUUGGCCCCAAGCCCCGGUGCUGUCCAGAGUCUUCUCCCUCAAGCCCUGCCCUGCCAAAUGUGAAACUCUGCCAGCUCUCCCACGCCCCCCAGAGGGUGCAGUGGUAAGGCCUCUCCUGUCCCCCAGCUGGUCCUGGGAUGGCUAUGAAGGAGAUACACUCUGAUCUGCCUCACCUCCCCAGGGCAGGCACUUUCCUGACCUGGCUGUGCCCAACCCUGCUGAGGGAGAUUGGCAGCUGCAAAGUCCAGACGCCCUGACCUGAUAGUCCCCAGCCUUGCAUUUGGCCUUUGAGGAAAGAUGGAGCUUGCCUCUGACAGAGGGGAGAGGCAAGCCUCCAAGCCCAAAGCAUAGGGUCUUGUCCUAGGAGUGCUGGCUGGCAGUGGACAUUCAUGAGGAACCUGCUCAACUAGCUCCUUCAGUCCUUAGUGAGCAUCCACCUUCUAUUACUAGGGAGAUGGUUUCUUGGCUUUCUCCCCAAGGAGGGUCCAUAUCUCAAUUGGACACAGGGCACUGUAGUUGGGGUGGAGACUCAGCCAGAACUGCCGGAGCAUCCGUGAGACUGACCCUUUGGGACCGUGGUCCUAGUUCUUGUCUACAAGUCCUAUAGGUAGCCCUACAGGAGGAGGGCUCUGUACAACUGUCUAACCCAGGGCCUCUUACCCUGUAGCCUAAGAGGGGGUCAGGGCAAGGAAACUGGGGACCCAACUUCUGAGAGGGAGAGGCAACAUCACUCUGAGGGCAGAAACAGAUACUAGAGCACAGGGUCUCGGGCGGGACAUGGUGGCCGCCCCGCAUACUUGAAUGUACAUGCAUAUUUAUUGCUUACACGUGUUUGCCAUGUUGUUCACGGGUCCCUUCCGACCCGAGAGGUACAUUUGUUUUGUUUUACCCAAAAAUAAAAGUCUGCCAAGUGA